UCAAAUCCCACAUUUCCCCAUGACCCCCUUGUCACAUCUGGUCCUCAGCCAAUAGUGUAACUAAGACUCAGAACAUGUAGCUAAAAAACAAGCACAUUGUUCCUUUUCACUACAGCCCCAAUUUUCCUCUGCUGUGUCUCCUGUGCCUUAAAAAAACCCCAAAACAUUUAUAUCCUCCUCCUUCCUCCAAGGAGCCCAAAGCAGUAUACAUGGUUAUGUUUAUCAUCACAACAAUCCUGUGAAGUAGGAUAGGCUGAGAGAGACAUGUCUGAAAGAGUCACCCAGUGAGUUUCAUGGCUGAAUGGGGAUUUGAAUUCAGGUCUCCCCCAUCCUAGUCCAACACUAACCACUAUACCACAUUUUAAGCCCCUCUGGGAAGGACUGUGUGUUCCCCACCCCCCCCUUUUUAAAGUGCCAUGAAUGUGGAUGGAUAAAUUAUACCAUAGGCCAUAUAGAGGGUGAGGGCCCUGAAGAGAAGGAGAAUGAUAACAUGUACUAAAUGGCUCAGACAUAAGGUGCUGUAUAAUAAUAGUUAAAUGUGGCAAGUCCAGCUUGCAAUCUGUUUUUUAAAACUGAAGGAAAAAAUGAGGAAAAUUUGAUGAAGGGAAAUGGAAAAAGUAGAACAUGUGAAAAGAAUCUAGUGCAAGAUGGCAGUGAACUUUUUGUAUAGUGCUUUCAGCGUGCAAAGCACUUCAUGCAUGCUGUCUUCUUAGUCCUUAUAACAAGUGUUGAAGGUAGAUCAGUAUUUUUGCCCUCAGAUUACAGGUGGAGAUUUGAGGCUGAGUUACUUAAGGCUGUGUAUUUAGUUGGUGGCUGAGAUGGAUUUUGAACGGGGGCAUUGUUUUGCAAUGCACAGAAGAGCAACUGCAUGUUUGCUCAGAAAUGGGUUUACUGAGUUCAACGAAACUUGUUCCCUAUGGAGUUUGCACUGGAUUGCACCUUGUAGCCUCUAUACUGGGGAUAGAGCCAUGAGCUGCUGCCCGUCGGUACAUACGGUUCUGAACUAGCUGGACCAAGGAUCUGAUGAAGUAUAAGGCAGCUUCCUAUGUACCUGUUGUGUUGCUUUGUUUUAGUGUGAAGAUUUUUAUCCUGCCUUUUGAUCAAAUGCUAAAACCUACCAGUUGCUUUCUCUGACUGUGUUGUAGCCUAUUGUGUCGUAUAACACACAAGCUGAACAGAUCCCCCCCUGCCCUCACAUUUUCUAAUAAUGACUUGACAAUUUAUUAUCUGUGUUCUACAGCUAAGGUGUGUGUGGUUGCUGCCACUCAUGUUUUGCGUGCUGAUGUAAUUUUAAAAGCUUUGUCUUUAUAAAAUGAAAAGCAUAGCUAUCUUUCCUUCCUCUGUAUAAUAAAAUUGUUCCUCUGUUGCUUCAGUGCUUGUUGACAUGCUUUUAUUGGCUACAUAAAACUUUAUUGUUUUUAUAUUUCUUCAGAGGUUUAGCUAAGGAACUAUAUAUUAUUUUUUGCUUACGUUCAGCUAGGUUUUGAAAUGGAAGCGAGCUGUCUAAAUAUUUUUCCUAAGGAAAAACUGCAUUAAGAAUGUUGUGAGAAGAAACUGAAGAUGUCAUACAAAUAAUUCAUGCAUAAAGGCGCUGCAGAAGUAGGUCAGGCAUAAUGUGCUGGGAAAUAGUUAAUUCCCGGCUUUUCAGUAUAGGCUCUGAGAAUUCUUCUUUGAUGAUGCUGUGGAGUUGCAUUUGCAAAACUGUGGCAGUGGAAAGUCAAAUGGCUGUUGCUAUGUUUUUGCCCACCAUGACAGGUGAAAUUGUACCCGGGAAAUAGAGCCCAGGAUGAGUGUUUAUAAAUAAAUAAUGGUUCUAGGAUACAUUGGCUGUUCAAGAGAAUGUAGCAGGGACCUGUAUGAUGUAGGAAGGAGGACUAGGACUCUUGUCAAAUCACACCCAGUAGUGAAAUCCUUGAGGGGGCCUUAUUUAAUUAGAAGUCCCCGACUUAUCCUUGAAAUCGAUGAGACAAGUGGGUCCUGAUUGACUUAAAUCCCUUUAAUAUUAAUGGAUAACCACCUCAUCUGCAAGUAUGAGAUAUGGAAAACCUGGGCUUGGUAAAAAUUGAGCAGGAGACCUCUUCUGUGGACGCUGAUAUCCGAAAUGCUCACAGCCCUGUUGGCCAUAACUUGAGUAAUUGCAGAAGCAGUCCCUUGUUUAACCCGAAUGGCGUCUCCAGUUUCUCAGGGAAAACUAGCUCUUCCAUAAUAUCUGGCGAGGUUGAUCUGUUGGCUUCCUUUAUGCAAGAUGCUCAGAGCAGUGGUGACUCAGAAAUUUUGAAGAGCUGUGAGACCAAAUGGUUGCGGUUGUUCCAACGGGUGGAGAAGCAAUGCCAAGAUCAGAUAGUGGCUCAGCAAAAACAGUUUUAUCAUCAAAUCCAUCGCAUACAAAAUGAAAUCAGACACCUGGUGAAACUGCAAAACCAGAAUGUGUGUUCGUGCACCAAGCAAAGCUCUCCAGCCAAACUUACAAACAGUUUUUCUUCGCUAGAAAGUCAAAUGGGGCUGCAAUCUGAACAUGAGCUCUUCAUCAAUCGGCUCACAUCUAAUGAAACCGAAAGUCAGCCGGGAGCUUCGGCUGUGCAUCAGGAGUGCCGUGCAAACAGUGUUUCGAUGAGCAGUGGCUAUGGCACCUGUACCACAGCAGAACUGAGUCCUAGCAAACCUAAAGACAUUCAGACGUGCAUGGAAAAUACAGAGGAAGUUACCAAAAGACGGGAUGCUACAUCGUUGGCACAGGAGGAGUUUCUUACAGCCAGUAUUCAAAACAAAAGAGAGUGCACACAUGCAGCAGUAAAGCAUUGUCCCUCAUUAAAGGAUGAUAUAGUUUUUUCUGCUGAAUUUGAGCAUACGACUAAUGAAGGUCAGUGUGGAAAAAUAAACUGUAAAUCUUUAACAUCAUGGGCCCAAAAGCUGAAACAAAACCAGCAGAAGAAAACCAAUGUGGAAGAAGGGGAUGUGCAUUAUGUGCAAGGAAAAGAGCAAGCACAGAAAUUAACACGGGAGGAUACUAACCCUACUGCUGCUUCUCCACCAUCUUAUCCUUUUUACCUCAGUCAACCAAAUGGAAGCCAAAACUCUUUAGUGUCUGACACUUCAGGACUGACAUAUUGGAAACUAGAUGAGAAGGAGAUGUACCAUUCUUUGCCUGAGAACUUUGGGAAUGAAUUUGGCAUAUUUGCAGCAAAGGCGUCCUCGGACCAGUCUUCUUCUGGUGAUGAGAUGAAGCCAUCAUCCUUAAAGGAAAUCUAUCAUAAGAAGCAAAGGGAAAGUAAGCAGUUUGUAGACUGGAAUUUUUCUCCGUCACAAUCGACUCAUCCCCCUGAGAUCCUGACCCUAGACCCAACGCUGCACAUGAAACCAGGACAACAGAAUCCAGAGCUACCUUCACACGGUGUCUAUGGGACCCCAGAGAAGGUUUCUUUUUCUCCGGACUCCAUGGCAGAUCCUGCUUUUUUUGUUGAUUCAGAUAUGGAUUCAUUUUCACACACAAGUACUGUAACAUCACCUCAGUCUAUUGGGUCUCCAAAGUAUAUUUCCAGUACAACAGUUUUGCACACAGGCUCCUGGAAUAGCUGCAUGUUCCAGAAUGAAGCCAACGCCAGCAGUUCUUCACCUGUGCACAUCGGUCAUCCCAGCAACAAGAUCCUAAACCCUGAGGAAGAAGACAACUUAACUCUAACUCCAUCUUCAACUGCCGAGUCUCAGCCACUGUCUGCUGACAGUAGUUUACCAGAAUAUAGUAUUUCGGUGACAUGUAUGGAAGAUCCUGUGGUGCUGUCCAAGAUCAGGCAGAAUCUGAGGGAAAAACAUGCCCGGCACAUCGCUGAUCUACGAGCUUAUUAUGAUUCAGAGAUUCAAAGCUUAAAACAGCAGCUGGAGGCAAGCCAUCAGCCUCCUUUGGAAGACCUGAAGAAAAUCAAUCAAAAUCUUGUUGACAGGUGUAACCAGUUGGAGGGAACACUAAGCGCUGCUAAUAAUCGCACACGAGCCCUUGAAAAUAAAAAUAACACCCUGGAAGUGGAAGUGACUGACUGGAGGGAGCGCUUCUAUGCUGUCAGCAAUACCACCAAAGCCUUACAAGAGCGUCUUGAAGAGAUGCGCACCAGCGGCAAAGAGAAAGACAACACCAUCAGCCGUCUGAAGAGGAGGCUAAAGGACCUCGAAGAAGCCUUUGAAAAAGCCUAUAAGCUCUCCGAUAAUAAAGACGCCAGGUUAAAGGAAGAAAACAAGAUGUUUCAAAAUCUUUUAGGAGAAUAUGAAUCCCUUGGGAAAGAACACGAAAGAGUAAAGGAUACAUUAAAUAUCACUGAGAACAAAUUGCUUGAUGCACACACUCAGAUUUCUGAUUUGAAAAGAACGGUCUCGAAACUUGAAGCUCAAAUCAAGCAGUUAGAACACGAGAACCUGCUAAAAUUUCGUCAUUUAGCAGACAGUCACUUCAGAACAUCUUAUGCCAACAAACUAGCAAGCUGUGAUGUCAGCAGAAGGAAAUGGCUGAUACCAGGAGCAGAAUAUUCCAUCUUCACAGGCCAGCCGUUAGAAGCCCAGGAGAAUCCCAAAGAUAAUCGGCUUGAAGAGACCUUUGUGGCUUGCAGGCGCUAUUCGCCCCCAGAAAAGGAUUCCUCUCCAGAUCCCUCGCUUACCAGUGAAACUGUAAAAAAGGAAACGGAGGCCCCAGAAACGCCCAUCUUAAAAGCCUUUAAAGAACUCGAGGAAAGGAGGGCCUUGAGAAGCUGUGGCGCUCGGACCGAGAAGGAGGAGGCGGCUUCUGCAAAAGCAACCAGCCGGCGUCCAACCGUUGGGUUUGAUGAAACUGCUCUCAGUGCCAGCCGGUCCCCCGAGAAAGGCAGAGACCAUCUCAGGCACAAAAGACACAGCUCUCCUAGCGGCCAGAGGUCUUCGUCUCUCCCGCCUUCCAGCAGGAAAUCGAACACUCCAACAAGGCGAGAGAUCAUGCUGACUCCAAUUGCCGUGACCUACAGCCCAAAGCGGUCUCCCAAAGAGAACCUGUCUCCGGGAUUUAGCCACUUGCUCAGCAGAACUGAGAACAUGGUGACAAGGUUUGAUGUUCUUCUUGAUGAUCUGGAAACUGCUCCUAUGCCUGUCUCGCAAUACAGCAGCCCUCGGAAAAAGCUCCAGUUUCUUUCAGUAGGUGACACAGAAGAAAUGCAGCAAGCAAGUCCAGCUGAAACCAGCUGUGCAAAGCAUUCCUCUUACGCAGCGGAGCCUUUGCGUGCAGGCACAAAAAGAGGCACCAUGAGGCCAGCUUGGGAAGAGGAGAGCUCUGCAUAUGCUCAGGAGCCAUGCCAGUCUUCAGCAGCACCAGCAGCUCAUGAGGCAGAUUUCAGACAUGUUUCGAGGAUUAAAACACUGGCUGAAACGGAGAGGCUUUUUGAUGAGCUCGCACAUGAAAAGCAGCAGAUAGAGGCCCAGUUAAGCCGAAUACCUGGUACUGGAGGGAGAAUGACUCUGCAAGCAAGACUGAACCAGGAAGCCUUGGAAGACCAGUUGGAAAGGAUCAACAGAGAACUGGGCUCCGUCCGUAUGGUCCUGAAGAGAUUCCACGUUUUGCAUACCUCGGCAAAUAUUUGAGAUGUCUUUAUUUACUUUGAGAGAUCCUUGUGUUUGCACUAAAGUAUAAUAAUUAUGCACUCUGGGAAUGCAAGUUGUUUUGUAUUUUUGUAAACUCUGCCGCAGUUUGGCAAUCAUGUUUCCCUUUACACACAGCAACCUUUUGUAUUGAGCCACAUAUAUUUUAAAAACCUAUUUUUCUUACACCUGAAGGAAUUGAUCUGCCAAUUCUGUAUUUUCCUACUUUUGAUGACGUGUUAAUAGUCUUCUUUUUAAGACAGCGGACACAAAUUCUUUGUAAGUGCAGAGAAACAGAGGCAGCUUGUUUUGUUUGUUUGUUUAAUCAUGUAGCAAUAGAUUUUUGCGGUGCCCCCUCUGCUCACCGGUUUUUGUAGCGCUAGAUACCUGUCUUGUAAAGUAAAUUAUGAUGAAGUAUGGGUUUUUUAUUUAUGCUAAACAUGAAAUUGCAGCUUCUUGCUGUGAAGUGAGCUCCAGUCCUUCCACAGCUUGUAGUUCAGAUAUGGCAUCUUAUUUCAUGAACUCCCUUCUCUCUCUCCCCACCCGCUGCCCACUCUCCAGUUGCAGCACGGUGUUUUCAGUUAAGUGCAGGCUGAGAAGACUAUUGGAAUAUCUAUAUAAAUGCACAGCAAUAUACUAGUGGGGAAAUAUUUUUAAAGUGUUAUUUUGCAUGUUUGUCACAGAAAUAUGAAUUAAAACUGAGUUACCUAAA